GCGAGGACAGCCGUAGUACGACCUCUGCGCAGCAAAAUAUGACAACGACCUUUGAACAGGGUCGGUACACAACACAACUCAUUGAGAAAGAAUGAAUAAUUUUGCCGGCUGUUCGAAGUCCGGACAGCAAGCUAGUAUGGAAAAUCGUUUCCGUUUCAUAUCACGUAUUUAUUGAUUGAUUGAUUUAUAAGCUUUCCUGGUGUGUGUUUGAAGAUUUGUCUUCAAGUCCGGCAUUUGGAAUGAACGAUUACUUCCCUAAGAAAACAAUAUAUCGUUAAAAACAACUUAAACUUUUGAUUGGCACGUUGGCAACAUGGUAUCCUUCAUUGGCUCGGGGCUGUCAUGGAUACCGGACUGGCUGACGUUAGAGACUACCCCCAUGAACAGCUUCCUACAAGGGCUGGCGGGUGCAUGUGGAAUAUCUGUCCUGCAUAAUCUGAUGAGAGUUCAUCUGUUCAUCAAAAAUAUUAGAGAUGGCGAUGAAACGAACAGCAAGGACAGGUCGUUACGCACGAGCGGUGCCAGCGGGCGACUCGGCACGUGGCUGCAGUUCUGGUUCCUGACCGCGGUCCUCUCUCUGGUCGGCUCCAGAGUCGCCUCCCUGGUAGUUCUGGAGUUCUGCCUGAGAGCGAUCUCGGCGCGCCUCGCUGCCGGACUGGAAUCCCGGUCCAGUACCCAGCAGCUCAUGGUCCAGUGCCAGUUCUCCCUGGGCUGCGCUUUGAGCUGCAGUCUCCACUUCCUCCACGAGGGGGCGCCGCAGCGCCUGCUCGCCCUCCUCCUCACGGCGGGGCUGAGCUGGCUGCUGGCCGGCCUGAGCGCGCGUCUCUGGGGGCACGUGAAGGUGCUGUACCCGCUGCACAGCUCCCAGCGCUACUGCGGCGUGUGCAUCGGGCUCCUGAGCUCCGGCCGCGCCCUCCCGUCGGCCCUGUCCCGCGCCCUGCUGCUCACCUUCGCCGUGGCCGCCGUCGCCGCCGUGUCCACCAUCAACCGCCACUUCCUGUCCGCCACAGAGGCCCUCAGGUUCUGGACGCCGCUGACUAUCUGCUACACGCUGCUGGUGGUCUACAUGCAGGACGAGCAGAACCGGCACCCGGGCGGCCCGGCGGCGCUCCAGACGGUGGUGGUGCGGCUCGGGGGCCUGAUGGUGCUGAUGCUGACCGUGGGUCGCUGGGGCGACGUGCUCCACAUCCUGGUGUGCUUCCUGGGCGAGGCCGGCUGCCUGGUGCCUACGCAGGACCUGCUGGAGGACGCCUCCGCGCUGCAGGUGAGCGCGUUCGCCGUCCGGAUAAAACCCGGAUGCGAGCGAAGAAAUUCCCAGAAAUCCCAGAGGGCAGUUGCCCGGGAACCAGAGGAGGCAUACGGGGACAUCCCCACCACCUGA